AUGUCUCGCUCGUUGUUUAGCCUGGGCCUUGCUACCACGGCUUCCCUCGUUGCUGCCACCGGUCCGUGCGAUAUCUACGCAUCAGGAGGCACACCCUGCGUUGCGGCACACAGUACAACUCGUGCUCUGUAUACUUCUUACAGCGGCUCUCUCUACCAGAUCACCAGAGGUUCUGACAGUACCAAAACCGACAUCAAACCACUCUCAGCUGGUGGAGUCGCCAAUGCCGCUGCUCAGGAUACUUUCUGCAGUGGCACAACUUGUGUGAUCUCAAUAAUCUAUGACCAAUCAGGCCAGGGCAACCACCUCACCCAAGCACCUCCUGGGGGUGCCGCAAAUGGUCCUGAACCCAACGGCUACGACUAUCUAGCAAGCGCCAUCGGUGCUCCCGUGACGCUUAACGGGCAAAAGGUAUAUGGUGUCUUUAUCCCACCUAAAACCGGCUAUCGAAACAAUUCUCCUCGCGGAACAGCCACUGGCGAUGAGCCAGAGGGUAUGUACGCCGUUUUAGAUGCGACAAAUUAUAAUGAUGGAUGCUGCUUCGACUAUGGCAAUGCCGAGCCUAGUAAUCUAGACACUGGCAACGGCCACAUGGAGGCCAUUUUCUUUGGCGACCGUAGAGCCCACGGCUAUGGCGCUGGCUCGGGCCCCUGGCUCUUAGCCGAUCUCGAAAACGGCUUGUAUACCUCUGGAGGCGACGAUGGCUAUGGCCGUAACCCCAACAACCCAAGCAUCAAUUUUCGAUUUGUGACGGCAGUUCUUAAGGGCAAUUCCGGGAAUCAAUGGGCGAUCCGUGGAGGGAAUGCUGUCUCCGGAAGCCUAUCGACGUUUUAUAGUGGUGUCCGCCCGACACCUAACUAUCACCCCAUGAGCAAAGAGGGUGCUAUCGUUCUCGGCAUUGGUGGUGAUAACAGUAACGCUGGCCGAGGUACUUUUUACGAGGGCGUGAUGACGACCGGUUAUCCCUCUGAUGCCACUGAAAAUGCCGUCCAAGCCAACAUUGUAGCCGCCAAGUAUGCACCUGGUGCGCUUCAGAGUGGUCCAGAGAUCACAGUUGGCUCAACCGUCUCGUUCCGCGCCACAACAUCACCAUGCUGCACAACUAAAUACGUUACCCAUGUGGGCGCGAAUUUGCAACUUCAAAUCGUAUCCUCGUCGAGUGCUAUCAGCUUGCAAAGGUCAGCGAGUUGGAUCGUUCAUGUUGGUCUCGGCAAUAGUGGGUGUCUGUCUUUUGAAUCCGUCGAUAGCCCAGGGAGCUUCAUACGGCACUCCAGCAACAAGCUCCAGGUCAAUGCAAACGAUGGUAGUAGGUUAUUUGCGCAAGAUGCUACAUUCUGCUCACACGAAGCGCUUGGCUCGGCGGGUACCAAUGCCCUGCGCUGCUGGAGCUUUCCAGCACGCUACUGGAGACAUUAUGGUGGCACUUUGUACAUCGCCAGCAAUGGUGGACCGAACACGUUCGACACGAAGACGGCAUUCAAUGAUGAUAUAAGCUUCGUUGUUACCGCUGGCUUCCAGUCGUGA